GGCCCAAACACUUUAGGCUCAAAACCCUCAUCCCCUGCUUCGACAAUAGGUGUUUCUUGGCUACUCCUAUCCAUUGGGGAACUCAAAAUCCCACUUCAAAUGUCUGUCGCCUAAGGAAUUGGCCGCCGUCUACUUUACCUUUUUCCGAGCUACAACAACAAGAACAACGCAGCAAGCCUUUAAUAACCACCAGUUUCUCAGUUUGUCAACAAAUAGUAAGGUGGGCUACAAUGGCAACAUCAGGAUUAGCUGCCAGUCCUAUAAAAUACUGUCUCCACUUACCUGUACAAUGUCCAGGGUUGCGUGAGAAGAGAGUUUCAGCUUCUAUCUUAGGGAGAUCAAGUUGUUGUACUGGUUCUACACAGAAGUAUCACCCAAGAAGAAUGCCUAUAGUCAAGUGUGCAAUGGAAGCUUCUUUUGGUGGUUCUACAGAUGACUCUGCUGCUAUCUUUCCGAGAAUCAAUGUGAAGGACCCAUACAAACGACUUGGAAUUAACGAGGAAGCUUCUGAGGAUGAAAUCCAAGCUGCUAGGAACUUCCUAAUACAAAGAUAUGCUGGUCAUAAACCAAGCGUGGAUGCAAUUGAAGCUGCCCAUGAUAAAAUAAUAAUGCAGAAAUUCUACGAUAGAAAGAACCCAAAAAUUGAUAUUAACAAGAAAGUCAGGGAAAUGAAACAAUCUCGCUUUGUACAGGCUGUCACUAGCAGGUUUAGGACACCAGCUACAAAGUUCAUUGUGAAAACUUCCAUUGCUUUCAUAGUCCUUGGAGCUCUCACAGUUCUCUUUCCCACUGAAGAAGGUCCAACCCUUCAAGUUGCCAUUUCCCUCAUCACUGCCAUAUAUUUCAUUCAUGAUCGGUUAAAGAGCAAACUUCGAGCUUUUCUAUAUGGAGCUGGUGCUUUUAUUUUCUCUUGGCUUUUGGGGACAUUCUUGAUGGUGUCUGUGGUUCCUCCCAUACUGAAAGGGCCAAUGAGUUUGGAGGUGACAACUUCACUGAUUACGUAUGCACUUUUGUGGGUUUCUUCUACUUACCUCAUAUAGAACGGUUUCAUCAUCUCAAUUUUGUUAGAGAAGUACUUCUAAAUGAGAGCACGAAAUUGAAACUCAGGCCAAGUGCCAUGAUUGUUGGUAACAGCUUGUAUUGCUAAGAUCUAGUGAGAUUUUUGAUGCAAGGAAUUGUAGAUUUAUGGAAUGAGACGUUCUUCUUUUCUUAGAAAUCGGUGAUUCUUCAGGCUAAA